AGGUAAUGACUCCCAGGAAAGAAGGUUUAGCUUUUUUUCUGCUGUCUGCUUUUCUUCUGGCUUCGUUUGGAGAUGAGCACUCUGUGUAUUACCUCUACACAAUGCAGUCCAAAUAUUCAGUUUAUAACAUUUACGACUGCACUGCUGUUACGCUGCUGGACGGCAGACAGAUUUUCUUCUACAACAGCACAGACGAAUCCAGAACUCCUAAACAGGACUGGCUGAAGCAGUUGUCGGAGUUUGACUGUGCAAGAAGCACUGACAAACUGAAGCAUGACAGGCAACUAUUAAACAAGCUUAUGGAGAUUCAGAUGAAAGCCUCUGGCCACUUUCAGUCAGACGGUCAUGUUCUUCAGUGGAUAUACGGCUGUGAGGGUGAACUGCAUUCUGACGGCUCUCUGACUGUAUUAAACAGUAUUAAUGCAUAUGGUUAUGAUGGAGAAGAUCUGAUUCAUUUUGACUCUGACUCUGGAAGGUUUUUAACCCCAGAGAAGACGAAGAACAGAGAUCUGGAAGAAAAGUGGAAUUCCUACCUUCAGCAGAAACAGUGCAGGGAGUGUGAAGAUUUGCUGAAAAUGUAUUCACAAUACAAUACUACUGAGAGCAAACCAAGUCAGGCUCCACCUGAUGUUUACGUGUUCGCAAAGAAGUCUAUGAAAGACACAAGCAAGCUGAUACUGACUUGUAUGACCACACACUUCUACCCCAUAAAUGUGAAGAUGAGGAUGAGGAAGUUCAGCACUUUCUUUCCUGAACAUCGGAUAACAUCUUCUGGAGUUAAACCCAAUGAUGAUGGAACCUACCAGCUGAGGAAGAGCGUGGAGAUCCCAGAAGAUGAUUCAGCAGAUUAUACGUGUUUUGUGACACACCGCACCCUCCAAACACCAAUGACUGAAAAAUGGGAUGGAAGAUGCAGUAACUGCGCAAAGAACAGCUCUCUGCAUUUAUAUGGAGUUAUUGGAGUUUUGAUCUUUGUGGCUGUGGUGGUGGUUUGGUGCUCAAACCCCUGUUUUAAAUUACUCAGUACACACUCCCCCUCUCUUCUGCAAGGAUGGACUCACGCAGACCAGCGCAGCGACAAUAAUGCAGGAGAGACUCCACAGUCAUUGCAACCCCUCCUUGAAAAUGACCAGCGCAGCGACAAUAAUGCAGGAGAGAGUCCACAGUCAUUGCAACCCCUCCCUGAAAAUGACCAGCGCAGCGACAAUAAUGCAGGAGAGAGUCCACAGUCAUUGCAACCCCUCCCUGAAAAUGACCAGCGCAGCGACAAUAAUGCAGGAGAGACUCCACAGUCAUUGCAACCCCUCCCUGAAAAUGACCAGCGCAGCGACAAUAAUGCAGGAGAGAGUCCACAGUCAUUGCAACCCCUCCCUGAAAAUGACCAGCGCAGCGACAAUAAUGCAGGAGAGAGUCCACAGUCAUUGCAACCCCUCCCUGAAAAUGACCAGCGCAGCGACAAUAAUGCAGGAGAGAGUCCACAGUCAUUGCAACCCCUCCCUGAAAAUGACCAGCGCAGCGACAAUAAUGCAGGAGAGACUCCACAGUCAUUGCAACCCCUCCCUGAAAAUGAAAUACUUCAGUCAGUACCUUGGUGUGGUGUGCUUGCAAACUUGUCCGUCAGCAUCUCUUGGUGGAAGACUGCAGAGCGUGUAAUGGUGGCCCACCCGAGGAACUCCGAGCAAUCCGGUAACUCGGAGCGCUAUCGGGCAGCAUUCACGUCCCUCGGAGGCUAG